CGAUCUGUCAGUCUUCGGCCGGGCGUUGUUGUGUUGUUUGUGUCAGAUCUGUCAGGAUUAAAAUUAAAAAUCUUGACGAUCAAAUAUUUUUUGUGGUUUCUGAUUAUUGUGUUUAGUGUUUUGGACGCAGUUCUAUUUUAUAAGAAUAUUUUAAGUAUUGUGUUUAGUUAUUAUCGAUGUAUUGGAUUUUUUGAAACUAUUUGUGUACACAUGUGAUCAAAUCGAUACAAUAAUUUGCGAGUUUAUCUGCGUUUCUGAGGAUUUUUGAACGAUGAUUCAGCCGUAACUUGCCGGAGCAGUAUCUCCAAACAGCCAUCAUGGAGGAGCGGGAGGCGGAGGGCCCGGGCGUGCCCGACAUGACGAUGAUGCCCCAGAUCACCGAGGACGCCAUCAACGACAACCUCAAACGCCGCUACAAACACGACCUUAUAUAUACAUACACAGGUUCAAUUCUAGUCGCAGUGAAUCCCUACAAGGAGCUGGGAUGUUACACAACGGAGCACAUGCAAGAAUUUCGAGGCAAAGCCUUUGGGAACCUGCCGCCGCACGUAUUUGCUUUAGCGGAGUCCGCCUACAGCUCGCUACGGAAUGGUGAGAAAAAUCAGUCCGUAGUGAUUUCGGGGGAAAGCGGUGCCGGCAAGACGGAGACGACGAAAUUGAUAUUGCAGUACCUUUGCGCUGCUGGCGGCCAGGCCACGUGGGCGGAACAACAGAUCCUUGAAGCCAACACGGUUUUGGAAGCAUUUGGUAAUGCAAAAACAGUCCGCAAUGACAAUUCAUCUCGCUUCGGAAAAUUCGUGGAGGUGCGGCUCGACAACCGCGGAGGCAUCCGCGGCGCUGUGCUCCGUGAUUUCCUCUUGGAGCGGGCUAGGAUCACGGGCCCUUCGCCAAGGGAGACCAACUACCAUGUGUUCUAUCAGCUGGUUGAGGGCGCUAAGCACAACACCGAACUACGCACAGCCCUCCGUCUCCGCGACGGAGUUCAGUUCAAAUACCUUCGCCCGGAAGACGAAGACGCUCGCAAAGGCCUGGGCGGCGAGCAGGGCAAGCUGGAGGCCCUACAACUGGCCUUGACAGUUCUACAAGUGCCGCUACAGAUGUGCGAAGGACUGUUCAAAGUGCUAGCAGCAGUGCUGUGGCUUGGGAAUAUACAGUUUCAGGAUGUGGACGGAGAACGCAGCGCCCUGGCGCCGGAAGAUGCAGAAGCGGUGGACGCUGUCGCGAACCUGUUGGGCCUGGCGCAACCCACCGCCCACAAGGUGCUGCUAGAGCGACAGAUCAACGUGCGGGGCAACGUUACCGACAUUCCGCUCAGGUUACACGAGGCCCGAGAAAACCGGCACGCCAUGGCGCGAGCGCUGUACUCGCGAACAUUCGCGUGGCUGGUGCGCCACGUGAACAGCUGCUCGGCGCCGGGCCGCGAGGCGCCGCGCUCGCUCGGCGUGCUCGACAUAUUCGGCUUCGAGAACUUCGCCGCCAACUCGCUCGAACAACUCUGCAUCAACUACGCCAAUGAGAAGCUGCAUAUGUUCUUUAAUAACUACGUGUUCGCGUUGGAGCAAGAAAUCUACCGUCAAGAAGGCAUAGUGUACAACCAAAUCCAGUUCACGGACAACGCGGCAUGCCUCGAGUUGCUGGAGAAGCCGCCGCGAAGCUUGCUCAAACUGCUAAGUGAACAGUGCCAUAUGCCCAAAGGCUCAGAUGGUGCGUACCUGACGAAUAUCCAGGGUGAAUUCGGCGAGCACCAGAGCUUUGUGAAGGGCUCUAGACGGAAAUGGGAGGAAGAGUUUGGUGUUCAGCAUUAUGCGGGCACGGUAUGCUACAGCGUGCAAGGUUUCGUGGAUAAGAACAGAGACACGCAGCAGGACGCGUUUAUAGACCACCUGAGCAGAUCGGCCAACCCAUUCGUCAGAGAAUUGGCCGAUUACGUCCAGGAUUUGGCGCCUCCUGGACAGGAUCUGUCGCUUUCAAGUCCAAGCUCAAUGGGCACCACGCAGCGAGGGACCUCCAAAGGUCGGCCGACCGUCGUCGACACGUUCAGAGCACAGCUGCAGUCGCUGGUCGAUAUGUUACAAGCCACCGACGUGUGGUACGUCCGCUGCAUAAAACCGAACGAGAACAAAGAGGCGGGCACAUACAGCGACCAGCUCGUGCUGGAACAGCUGCGCUACCUGGGCAUGAACGAGAUCGUGCGCAUCCGACGCGACGGGUACCCGGUGCACCUGCCCACGGCCGCCUUCCAGGCGCGCUACCGCUGCCUGCUGCCGCACCCGCGCCGCCAGCCCGACGUGCCAACUGUAAUGUCAAUUGUGAACGCGCCGCAAGGCGACUGGCAGAUCGGCCACACGAAAAUAUUCAUGAGAAGUUCGGUCCAUUUGCCUCUCGAAGCCAAACGGACACAUUUACUUCAGUCUUCAGCAUUACGGUUACAAAGGUGGUACAAGGGCUCCGUGAAGCGCCGCCAAUACCUCCAAUGGCGCAACGCCGUGAUAGUCCUCCAGGCGGCGUGGCGCGGUUGGAAGGAGCGAGCCGCGUUCCUCCGACUACGCCGCGCCACUUUGACACUGCAGCGGCAUCUGAGAGGAGCCUUCGCGAGGGAAGUCGCGGCAGCGCUGAGAGAGAUGAAGCGGGUGAACCAGGAGAUCAAACUGAGGGAGGAGAGAAACAGCCUCGCAGAGAAAGCGAACCAGGAGCGAGUGGAGCUCGAAAACAUGGCCGACCAGCUGCGCGGCCUCGCCAACCCGAGCGGGCGCGUGGACUCGGUCAACCUGGACAACCUGUUCGACUUCCUGGCGGACGUGCCGGCGCAGCGCGGCGCGCCCGACGGCCAGCCCGCGCACCAGCCCAGCAUCGCCGAGAUCGGCGACUCCAUGGAGCGCCUGGCCGAGGACCUGCACCAUGAGCUGGAACAUGUACUGGCUGCCGAGAUGAACGAGCUAAGCAAAUCGACGACCGAAGCCCAACGCAAGCCAGACGGCGCGCCGUCAGACGCCAUACCACCCCCACCGCCCUCCUCCCUACCCCUCACAUCCAUCCUCCAACCAUCCACUCCCGUAUCCAGCACGCCCAUAAACGGCACCAGCGUCAUGACUGCCUCUAUGAACGGCACAUCUAACGCGAUGACGUCAUCGGUGAACGGGCUCAUGUCGACGUCGAUGAACGGCGUGAUGACGUCAUCGAGCGGGAGCGACGUGCUGUCGGCGAGCCUGCCGCCGCCGCCGCCGCCCGCCGAGCCGGUGCCGGAGUCGCCGGUGUUCCCGCCGCCGCCGGUGUGCAUGCUGCCCGAGCCGGCUGGUCCACCGCCGCCGCCGCCACCUGGAGGCAAAGACACAACUCCGCCGGAACUCACAAACGGCGUAAUACCGAACGGGAAACUCUCGGUAUUGAACGGCAAAGAACCAAUAUACGAGGCGGUCAUACCACGACCGAAUGCCGAGCCCGAGCCAGCUCCGCCGCCACCUAUGCUACCACCGGAGAAUGGUUUCUCAUCGCGAGAGCCUGAACCUGAGCCUGCGGCCCCACUCCCGCCGCUACCCGUUCAAAAGACGCCCCAGCCCAAGCCGCCGAGCAUCAUGACGAGCAGCGUGACGUCACAGAAACUCCCGCCCUCGAUGACGAGCAGCGUGACGUCACGCAAGUCGGCCACGCCGCCGCCCCUGCCCAUGGACACCUGCAUUAGCCCGCCGAAUAUGAUGAACGGGGAUACUAAUAGCACAGAACGCAACGCGCGUCGUAAAGAGCGCGUUGAGCGUCGCCUCCACCAGAUGGAGGCAGCCGCCAGCCCGCCCGCCUCCGCGGUUCCCCCCACCACCCCGCCCGCGGACGCCACCAACGACCUCAGCGAAUUUGCUAAGCUGUACUUCAAUGACCACCCCAGGUCGCCUGAAGGUACAAUAAUAGCAACGCUCACACGCAAGAGCAAAUCCAUGGAGUUGCUAACCAAAGAGGAAAUGAUAACGUAUCACAAGGGAAACAAUAUUCCCACCUCACACAUACAACUGCACGACCCGGACAGUGUCACGGCUGCCGUCAAUAUAUUCCGCGAUUUGUGUCGGUAUAUGAGAGGAGAGCUAACCGCGGAUAAGGAGACACAAGUGAUUCAAGCUUUGAUCGGCAAGGGGUUAGAACGGGAAGAGUUAAGGGAUGAAAUAUUGGUUCAAUGUGUCAGACAGAUCACCGAGUGCCCCGUCGAAGAAUGGGCCGAGCGAGUAUGGCUGAUCCUCUGCCUGUGCGCCGUUGCCUGGCAACCGUCUCGCGGUCUCUCGCGUUACUACUGCGCGUGGUUGCGACAGCGAGCGCGGGUGUCCCCUUCAGCGCCCGCGGCCCGGGCGGCGCAUUGCGCGCAGUGGUGUCUUGAUAACUGUCGAGGCGCCGCGCCGAGGUUGCUACCGCCUAGCACUGUCGAAAUUGCGGCGAUGCGACGGCUCGGCACGAUAGUCUGCCGAUUCUUCUUCCUCGAUGGGCGCACUAAAGCCAUCGACGUGCACCCGGCCGACACCGCAGCGGCGGCGGCCGCUCGGCUCGCCGACAAGCUGGGCCUAGCGCCGCAUUCAAGGGCCGGCUGGGCUGUGUACCAACAGCGAGGGAAUCGGGAGGAGCAUGUGCGCGCCACGCACUAUCUAUACGACGUCAUCGCUGCUUGGGAGAUGCAACAAGGUCCCGGCGGCGGUUCCGCAGACAACCGCUUCGUGUUCAAGCGGCGGCUGUUCCGCGGCGGCCGCGAACUUCCGCACGACCCUGUCGAGGUGGCCCUGCUCUACGCUCAAGCCGUGCACAGUGUCGUCAAGAUGGACGAGUUUCCAGUGUCGGAGAAGGUAGCCCUGCAGCUGGCAGGGCUGCAGGCGCAGGUGGCGCUGGGCGAGCCGCCGCCGAGCCCGCCGCCGCCGCACACGCGCGCCUACUACGCGCACCCCGACCAGUUCCUGCCGCAGCGCGUCGCGCGCGCCCGCCCGCAGCACCAGUGGGCCACAAUUCUGGCUCAAGCGCACCGGCAGUUCGGCGCCGGGCGCGCGGAGCUGACAGCCAAGGCUCUGUACCUGUCCUGCGUCAUGCAGUACCCGCUCUACGGGGUCACACUCUUCCCUGUCACCUACAAAGGAUACUGGGCGCACGGUCCUAACGUACUACUCGGAGUGGGCGCCGAAGGCGUCGUGCUAGUCCGUCCGUCGGACAAGGUCGCGCUCGCCGAGUACCCGUACAGCAACAUCGCGGCGCUCGUCAUGGACCCCGUCGACAACGGGCUCACCAUCAGCCUCACGCACCACGGCCAGCACGACGGACACCGGUGCAUAGUCCUGGAGUCGGCGCAGAAGAACGAGGCGGCGUGGCUGAUGGCGGCGUACAGCCCGGUGCUGGGCAACGGGCUGGCGGACGAGCCGCCGCGCCGCGCCGCGCCCGCCUCCGAGCGCGCGCGCCUGGCCGCCGCGCUGCGCGCCGCGCGCCGCGCGCUCGUCGACGCCGCCGUGCUGCGCCGCCCCACCGACCUCUCCGCCGGGAACUUCCUGAGAAACACGCUUAGAAGACUGAGCAAGCACCGUCUCGAGCGGGUGCGGCUAGACAUGGCCGCGGAGACGCAGGGCGAGUGCUACAAGGGCUUCCCGGCCGGCUACUGGUGCUGGUCGCGCACGCUCCCGCACAGCCUCACCAAGCUCAACGAGGCCGAGGAGGUGGCCGCCAUGCAAAUAUUCAAGGAUAUAAUGAGCCACGCAGGCCUGAACACCAAUGAGGGUAGCACCACCAACUUGGCCAACAACAACAGCGUGAGCAGCCAGGAGAGCGACAGCGACGACCGCGUGGCGCUAGCCCAGUCGCUGCUGCAGCGCUGCUUGCAGAAGGACACGCUGCUCAGCGAGCUGUAUGUGCAGCUCAUCAAGCAGACGACGGACCACCCCGAGCCAUCGUCGCGCGUGUCGGCGCGGCACUGGGCGCUGCUGUGCGCGGCGGUGGGCGCGGCGCUGCCGCCCACCAAGCCCGUGCGGCGCCUGCUGCUCGCGCACCUGCGCUACCGCGGCACCGCGCUGCACGCCGGCGAGGAGGGCAAGUUCGCCCGCCGCGCCGAGCAGGUGGCACUAAGCAUAGCGCAAGUGCCUCGUCGUGCCGCCGCUCCCUCCAAGGAAGAGUUACUGUGCGCGGCGGCGCGCAGGCCACUCCACGUGCGAGUACUACUGCUGGACGGGAAGCAGCUGGGGCUCGUGUUCGGGCCGGCCGCCACCGCCGACCACCUCGUGGCGAUGCUGCGCGACAAGAUCGGCCUCAGCGAAGCCGCUACAGGGUACGCGCUGUACGAGGUGUGCGCGAACUCGACGCCGGCGGGCGCGGGCGAGCGCGCGCUGGGCGGCAGCGAGCGCGUGGGCGACGUGCUGGCGCGCUGGGAGAAGGCCGGCGCCACCGCCGCCGCCUGCAGGCUAGUGUUCAAGAAACGGCUGUUCCUCGGCGAGCGACCGCUUCACACGGCGUGCGCGGCCGAGAUGGAGCUGCUCUACUACCAAGUGCUGCACUCUAUACGGCACGAUCGCCUGCCCAUCGAGACCGACGAAGCUGUGAUGGUAGCGGCCCUCCACGCGCAAGUGGUAGGCGGCGAGUGCGCGGGGGGUGGAGAAGAAUGCGCGGCGGCGGCGGCGGCAGUAUUACCUGCAAGGAUCGCGCUGCCCGCGCCGGCCGUGCGCCUGCACCACCUGGCGCUGCGCGGCACGCCGCCGCACGCCGCCAUGCAGCGCGCGCUCACGCUCGCCAGCUCCUGGCCGCUCACCAGGGCCACCAUUUUUGACGUCAUGCAAUCGUUCACAUCGAACUGGCCGCGCGCGCUGUGGCUGGCGGUGGACGCGCGCGGGCUGACGCUGCUGCGGCGCGGCUCGCGCGCGGCGCUGGUGUCGCACGACCACGACCAGCUGCUAGCCGUGUCGCCCGCGCCGCGCGCGCUGCUGCUCGUCACGCGCGCCGAGCGCAAGCACGCCAAGCUGGUGCUCUCCACCGACCAGGCGUACCAGAUAGCCACGCUGAUAAAGGACUACAUCGAAGCGGUGCGCGGGCCCGUGUCGCCCGCCGUGGCGCCGCCCGCCGACCCGUGCGGCGCCGCGCCCGCGCGAGCGCCUCCCGCCUCGUGACACCCGGCCACAUAGUGCCAGUGCUUCCACGUCCGGCAGUGAACGAUCAGGAGACAGCACGACACAUUCGCUGACCGAAACUAAACCUUACAUCGUUGAGGUAAGGUUUACUGGCGAUCAGCUAUGUGCCGACGGUUGAGAAGCGGCGACUUUGCUGACCGAUUGUGGACCUUAUCCUGCUGCGAUAAGGUUUUCGAACGGUCAGCUAGUGUCGACGCCGGUACGGGCGGGUUGCGGUUUGGCUGACCGUACAUACAGUACUACCUCUUUUAUAACUACAUACUAUUACGUUCCUUGGUCUUCUUGAUGGACCUUCGGCUAGGAAUUGACUGAACGAGGGUCUAUACUUCGUUUUUUUUAGCAUUAGAAAUUAGUUAAACAAUCUUGACGUGUCUUUUAAUUGAAAAACACAUUUUAAAAAUAAGUUUCGGAAAAUAUGUAACAAUUAUGAAUCUAAUACGAUCAUUUAUAUUCUUCUGCUUUCAUAAGUAAUAGUUAUUGAUUUUUAAAAAGCAUUUUUCAAUUAAAAGACAUGCCAAGAUCGGUUACCUUCUUUGAAGUUCUUUCUAAUGCUAAAAAAAACGAACUAUAGAUAGAGACCUAAAAUGGCACAUAAUUUCCUAACAAUUAGUGCCCAUUUUAAUAAAUAAAACAUUGGCGUAUGAUGGAUAUCAUGUGUAAUUUUAAGGGUCUUCGAGAGACUAAUAAGACCGAGGAAUAUUCUCGAUGUAAUUUAUAUCUGUGGCUCUGCUGGGCACGAUCUUUUAAAAGACGGUGAAGAUAAUUUUGUUUUAGAAAGGUAAAUUAUGAGCUUCCGAUUUGCGUCAUAAUGUCUUCCGUUAGUUACCGCCUUACUAGAAUAUCGAUUAUACAUUCGGCAGCCAAACUUUACAAACCCCAACUUAGCACUCGAUUUUAUGUAGAGUAGCUAAGUUGGUAACUACUCCUCGUUUAAUGGUCGUUAGUUAAUAUGAAAGAUUAGACCAGACUAGGAGUGGUUUCGCUCGUCAGGUCCGGAAAUGUUAAGCCAAGACGGAGAAGUAAAUGUUGAACUCACACCUGAUUGAUAAAGAAAAUUAAACCUUAUCGCUAUAACAGAGGGUUUAAAUUACGACUAGUAUGAUGCUGAAAAGGUUUACUAGGCUGGCAUAAUGCAAAGCUUUAUUUUUAAUAUUUAUCUAAAAGCAUAUCAGCGAGACAGUGUAAAAUCCGCAUUUACUUCAGAUCACAGCAGGCAGGUACAGUGGUGUUCGGUUUCGAGUGUCAGGAUGGACGAUUUCAGUUACCAGAAGACGGGGAAGCAAACAAAAUUAAUCAUAGUAUACAGUAAUCUAAAACGGUACAUAACUGUAAAUUUACCCCCAUUCACAUUGAGCCUCUAGCCGCCCAUAUGUCAAACCAUGCCAAGCAAAAUGAAAUUUUGAGUUUGUCAACACAAAGUUCACAUUAGAAUGGAACAGGAAACCUUUUUAUAGGUCUUUGGGCGGCUAGAGGUUAAGAUGAUAUUAACUAAUAUAGGAUUCAGUGACAAAGAGUGCGGGUAAAUUAACAGAUAUUACAGAUCUUAGAGUAAAUAACUCAGACAAAUCAAUCCGCUAAAUAAUAAUAGAAGUAAUAUUCCACGUUUAUCCAUUACCUAACAUAAAACUGCCAGUAUUAGUGCUGUUAAAAUUGAAGGUGUUACUAAUUAAUGUUGCAGUUUAGACUUAUUGAGUGUUAAAAAUUAUAUUCAAAAGUUAAUAGAUAGCGUAAAGUUAAUCUAAUCUAUCCCUUCUCUGUGGUUAACUGUAAGCAGCUCGACAUUUUACCCUUUAGCUAAGGUACUUAUAUUGUGCAUUUUGUGACCUAGUAAAAUAUACAUUUAAAUGAAUUAAAUUACUCAUUGAUAUAGUUGCUCACGUAACGAUAACGGCGCUACGAUUUUACUCAAUUUUCUAAUCGUUAUGCGCCUCUCAAUAGUAUAUAAGAUUAGAUGUUAUGUGGCCACGAAAUGUACUCCAUAAGUAAAUGUAUUCACCGACAUUGGUUAGCAAUAUAACAAGCAAAUAGGUGUUAUUAACUUAAAAUUCCAAAUGGAAUGAAAUAUAGCUAAAUAUUUACCCAUUAGCUUAAUUUCUAGCUAAUCAAUGGUGUUUUAAAUAAACGUAACAUCAUCUAAGAUAAGUAAAUGUUGAUGCUAGCUAGUGUAACCUUCCUAAUGUAAUCCAGCCCACAGAAUCCUCCCAUAUGAAAUAUCGAAAUGUAUUUUUAAAAUAUAAAAUAAGGUAGUUUCUCACCUCAUAUCAUCACUCGUAAUAUGAUUGCAUACUUCUUUAGAACGACCUAGGUAGUUAUAGUAGGUACUAGGUAUCCUCUAGCUCUCCACGUAUAAAAACUUUCCAAGACAAAUGUAAUUUUGAUUUGUCGAAAUGAAGUUUAAUAUUAAAAUGGCCUUUUUAUAGGCCUCUGGGCGGCUAGAGGAUCACAUUAAUUUCUGAUGUCUACGAACGCCUAACAUUCUUCUUCACUUGAUAAUGAUAACUGAAAUCUUUUCAAUUUCUGCAUUUCAAAAUCUAAGUUGAAUAUAACUUAUAUAUUCGUGCGGCGGUAUGAUCAACUCUCGCCCACAAUUGAUUCAGCCCAUUGUGGCCACAAUGCCCAAGUUAGAAAUUCAAUACGACUUUCCGCCACAUAGUAGUGGCUCCAUUAUCACGAAAAGGAUUUAUAAAAUCUACCUUUCUCAAUAAUUAUAAAGUAUUAUUCAGUGUGCGCAUAGAUCGCUUUUCGUAUGGAUCCAAUUUUUCGUUGUAAUAAUUUGCGGCCCGACUAUUGAUAGCGUUAAAAUUUCUUGACUUUGAUUUACAAUGUAAAAAUUGGGUAUAAUAUACAUUUGCAUAAAUCUCUUGAUAUCUUGUGUUGUGCCUUGAACAAGCAAGAAUAAUGGUGCUAAUAUCGACCUAGAUGACUUGACAUCUAAGGUAUGUCAGUAGCCAUUAUUCUUAGCGUCUUAUAUUCAGUGAGCGACUUGUGCAAAUUUAUUGUGACUGCGAGAUAAUUACUUAUUGUUUACAAAUUAUAUAGCAUCAUCUAUUAUAUACUAUACUAAUAUGCACAAUGUUAUAAAUCAAUAUUUUAUGGUUAUACAUAAUAUAGAUCUAAUUAUGCAUUUCAUGCUAAUGAACUUAGGGUAACAAACUAGCUUAAGGCCCUAUACUCCCUUUUAAUUGAGUCCUACAUAUAGAGGUUAAUUCUCAACAAUGUGACUCAAUGCUUGCACCUAUGUUGACUGUUUAUCAGUUUUCCGCUGGUUUGCUAACUUGUGUUUCUGAUCUCAUAAUGAGUAUUAUUUAUUUAGAGGCCAUAUUGCGUUGUAAUUAAUAGUUAUUUUUUUAAAUUUAUUUAUUGCGAUUAAUGUACAUAUUUGCAAGAAACAAGUAAACCAAAGAUUUUGAAUCAUCCCUUUGGAUAUUUUUAUUUUUGACAAAUUUAACUACUUUUUAUAAUUUAAUAUUAACAUUUUGUAUAUAAAAUUAUCAUUAGAAUGAUAAUCUUUAUGACGUAAAGUUCUCUUUACAUUAUAGGAGAUAUUUAAAGCACUAGGGCUAAUGCAACAUUUGGCAUUCAACAAAAUAUAGUUAGCUUCAGCUUGUAAUAUUCACUACAAUUGUUUCUGCAUGCAUCAGUUUCAUGCUUUGCAUUUAUUGGAUUAGGGUACUACAUUGUAAUAUUCAGUGCUGUUAGUGAUGACAAUAUUUUGUAACAGACUUGUUUCUUUAUAGGUUUAAGAUUCUAAGUAUAGAACUAUUUGACCCAUAGGUUUUGCGUGACUACCGCACUGUACUGCCCGAAUAGACUGAAAUGUCCAAAUAUUUCCUUUUUUGAUAUUUGAUAAAUUGUUUUGUUACAUUUAUGUAUGGUAUUUUACCCCAUGAUUUGAAUGCCAAAUAAAUAAUAAUUGAUA